AUGAACCAGUACCUCACACUCGUCCUCAAGUCAGCCGGAUACGGGUCGUUCACGACAAACCUCUUAACGAUACCUGCCUACUGCAUCUUCAUCCUCAAUCUGCUCUUCUGGUGCUUCUUAUCGGAGAAGAUCAACGAGCGCUUCCUGCUGUGUACAAUCAGCCAGAUAUGGGUUCUGCCACUAUUGAUUGCGCUCGAAACGCUGCCGAUUACUCGCAGUCCCUGGGCUACUUGGAUCUUGUCGGUGCUGAUAUAUGCCAUGCCUUACGUCCAUCCACUCAUCGUGGCCAUCACCAGUCGGAACGCGGGCACUGUGAGGACGAGAACGGUGGCGAGUGCGCUGUACAACAUGAUGGUGCAGCCGUCGAAUAUCAUCGGAUCGAAUAUCUACCGCACUCCGGACAGUCCGUUCUACUUCACCGGCAAUAAGGUACUGAUCGGGCUCGUUUGCCACAAUAUCUGCCUCUUCGUAGGAGCAAAAGUCUUCUAUGUGACCGUCAACAGACGGAGAGAACGAACGUGGAACGCCAUGACCAAGAGCGAGAAGGAGGACUAUCUGUCCACGACGACGGACAAGGGGAACAAGCGACUUGACUUCCAGUUCGCACACUGA